AUGGCUGCAAGUCUGUCUAGCUUGGGGCCACCUCAUGCCGGUCCUGGGAGUACAGCUCCGAAUAUUGGCUUUACCGUCGCGGCGACCCACAAUCGGAGAGGAGUCAUCAACAAGGAGCCUCUGUCUGGCAACACGCUGUGUCACAAGAACAAUGUCGAGAGGAAGCAGGCCAUUCACGAGAACCGAUUGGCGUCUGUCAAGGCAUCCCUGUCCUUAAGCACUCCGCUGCGCAUGGAGUUCAUGGACAAGCGACUGUCAAAGAACUUCCACGCGCGUCGGCAUCACGAACUAGUUGUCCUUCAGAACCGCAAGAUCCUCAGAGCCCUCGAAGAAAUCCACUCCCGUAGCAGUACUGUUGCUGCCGUGGGGGCAACCAACCCUGCUGCUGAGGGAGGAAGUAUGGUGGUGCCUGCAAGCAGCGAUGGAGAAAGACUGGGAAGCUCUUCCGCGCCCGUGAGCUGGAAGAAAAGCAAGGACCUGCCCUCGGCGUCGGCUACCAAUGCCGGCGAAUCCUCCUCGUCCGGGAAAAAGCUCAACUCAUUGCUUGCGAGAAGGCGGAACGUUAAGGCGGCCUUGGUUGCACGAGAGAACCAGAAGAUGAUGGAACGCAUAACAAGGUCCAAGUCCCUCUACUCGAAGGAAAAGAUGCAUCAGCACAGAGUUUGCCACAAGCGGAUCCUUCGCCUUAGAAAGACGGACUACACCGCCGGGCACCUUCUGGCUGCAGCGACGGCAAGUCGCCACUGGAGAGGCGGCGACUCCCGCGAUGAGGAAGGCCGGCAUCGGCACCGCCGUCGCAACCGCCACAGCCAGAGAAACCCCCGCGUGUCAGGCGGAAGCAAGGAGUACGCCAACGCUACAAGUGCACCACCGCCCGUUGCCAGAGGCACGUCCUACUCCCCGACGCGGGGUAAACACAGCCGCUCUGUCCACAGGGGUGACGGGGGUGGACUCGGUGAUCGUGGGACCAAGAGCGCCCCUCGCCUCCCCUCUCUCUUGGAUGUCGAAGACAUCUACGGCGGUGGUAGCAUCCUGGGCUCGCCUAACCUGGAGCAGUGCCUCCAGGCCGCGAAGAUGUCAGCGCGCAGCGGCGGCGGCGGCGGCGGCGGCGGGGAGGACGGGAGUGCGGCCGGCGGGAGCGGGUCCCGCCCUUCUUCGCGAAACAGCACCGCAGGUUCCGGAAACCACGACGACGAUGGCUCCAGGCCCAGACCGUUCACGGACGGAGGCGUCGGGAGCAGGGUAGGGUCUCGCCACCACCGCAAGUCUUUUCGACAGCGCGGUGGCAAGGACACCGCCGGUGUCGGCGGCAGCAGUACCGGUGGCAUGCGAGGGACAGAUGCCAGCUUAGAUGCUCUCUUUCACCACAGUGAGAGCCUUGGGAGCUCCGUCGAAGAUUCUUCCGGCGGAGUAAGGCGGGGGCGCUAUGGCAACCAGAGGGGUCGAGGGGGCGGAGGAAGCCGUGGCGAUAAGAGUUCGGGUUCUUUGGCAAGCAGCGGGAAGUCGGCAGACGAUACCGAGCUGGACAAGAUUUACAACCCUCUGGCGUUUCUCGACGAGACGCAGGGCGUUCGAGUGCUCAUUCAGGCUACCAAGCCGUUAGAGGUGUCUAGUCAUCCGGGGGAAACAUGGAUUUGCUUCAUCCGGAUCAUGGUUCAGGACCCCUUUGACGACCAGUUGGACGUCAGAAUCAUCCACGACAGGGAGGAGAUCUGCCAACGGCUGCUGUCCCUAGAGGAGGCCAACGCCAUCUGCGAACACGCGCAAGCGACUUCUUCCGGUGGCGGCGGCAUGACACCCGGCGAUCGCCCGUCCUUGUUCGCGCCGCGGGCGGCGGCGGCGGCGCCCAAGCGAUCGUUGCCUCUGCCCGGGAGCGCUUCCUCCAGUGCCGCUGCCGCCGUGCCCCCGUCCCCGACAAUGGCGGCAAAUCCUGGUGGUGGUGGUGGUGGCAGUGGUGGCGGUGGUGGCGGUGGUGGUGGUGAUACUGCUGCGGACGCUCAGCGAGCGGAGGGCGUCGCGGAGGAUGACGGCGGCGGCGGCGGCGGCGAAUCCGGUGGUGGUCCGCAGACGCGGCCCUCUGCGGGGCUGAAGCGGUACUCGGCCAGGGACGGAAACCUGAGCGAGCUGCUGUCGGCUCUGUUCAAGGAGGCGGACGUGGAGGAGAAGGGAUUCCUGACUCCUGAACAGCUGACGUCGAUAAUGCAAAACGCCGAGCUGGGCUUGACGGGGCCGGAGCUGCACCUGGUCAUCGCGGAAGCCGACGAUAAUGCUGACGGCACAAUCGAUUACUACGAAUUCAUCCCGCUGGCCUACAACCUGGUGGAUGCCUUCCGUGCGAGGCGUCGCGCUUGCGAGGAGAUGGACGAAGCGAACCUUGACCUGGACCAGCAGGCGAUACAUGCGCUCUACGACGCCGAGUUCGACCGCCUGGUGCGGCAGCUGAAGACCCUUUGCAAGAGCCACGACCCCAACGGCACUGGCGUCCUCCCUCGAGCGGAGUUCAAGCAGUGCAUCUCCGCCGACCGCUGCGGCGGCCUAACCAAGAUCGAGUCCAAGCUGCUGCUCAACCUCCUGCCCAAGGACUCUCACGGGAACGUCGUCUACCGGAAGCUCGGGGCCGGUCUGGAGCAGGUCCGGUUCACCACUCUCCGCAACACGGUUGCGGAGGCCUCGGCGUCAGACACCCAGAAGUACCUCAUGGCCCUGUGCAGGGAGGAGGAAGCCAAGAGCGACCCCCUGGGGAACAAGGGGCACAUGAAGAGCAACGGAGACGCCGUGGCAAUCGGCGGCAAGCACUACUCCGGGGUGCUGCGGGCACGCCAGCUGACGAAACUUCUACUCAACGCGCCCUUGCUCAGCCUGAGCCGGCUGCACGUGACGGCGUUGAUGAGCCAGGCGAACAUCUUAGACGGCAUGGUCAACUACAUCGAAUUGGUGCCCAUGAUAGCAAAGACGAUCGAAGGGAUGUUCCACCCGUGGUCUCUCAAGAUGAGGCACGAGAUUUUCAACAACAACCGCGGGCCUGGGGGAGGCGGGGGCGUUGGGGGGGGCAUGGGAGAGGGAGGUUCGCAGCAGCAGCAAGGGGCGGGAACUGCGACGGUGCGGGGGAAAAGCCGCGACGACAUUCAGAGAAAAAUCGUCGAAAUUUUGCGAGAGGACAAACAAGGAGCUGCUAUCGAGCGGCUCAGGGACCCCGCGACAUUCGCCAGAUGCAUGGCGUCCCUCGGCCUCGACCUCGAGCCGGACACGAUCAACGCUCUGUGGGUGGCGGCCGACCUCGACACCCGCGAGGGCACCACGUUCGUCGACGUGGUGGACUUCUGUUUCAACUGCGUCCUCUUCAUGGAGCGGGAAAAGGAGGCAAGGGUCGCGUUUUUCGUCACGCACCGGUACCAGCGCUUCCCAGAGCAGUGUGCCGGGCAGGGCGGCGCCCGGGGCAGCGGCGGUGGCGAGGGCGGAGGCAGUGGCGGCCGCGGCCUUGGCGGCGGGAGAACCUUCAGCCGGGAAGGUUGA